AUGGCUGCCAUCGGUCAGGUAACUAUCUCCAAAGAUAAAGGCACAAGACGUCUUAAAUUGACAGGCAGCAACAAAAUGAAUGGAAAGUGCCCUGCAGAGAUGAAAGUAACUGUACACGAAGGUGGAACAUACCAAGUACAUUUUGUGUCUACCCACAUUGGUCACAAACAAGAUUUAACGCACCUGAGUCAAAAAGACCGGGAAACCAUAGCAACAGAUAUUGCAAUGGGACUUCCGUAUGACAAAGUUCUAGAUAACGUACGGACAAGUUUGCAGGAUUCGGACUUGCAGAGAAUCCGUCUGACUACCAAGCAAGACUUAUAUAACAUUGCAGCAAGCUAUAACAUCUCCAAGUCGGUCAGACAUAAAAAUGAUGCAAUCAGUGUCGAAGCUUGGGUAAAAGAAAUGAACGAAAGUGAGAAUCCGUCUGUGUUAUUCUAUAAACCACAAGACUCGACUAGUGAACAUCGAGAACUGAGGAGUGAGGAUUUUGUAUUAGUGAUAAUGAACAGAGCACAACGCGAAAUGUUAUCAAAAUAUGGAGAAGACUGUAUCUGUAUUGAUGGAACCCAUGGGCUUAACGGGUAUGAUUUCGAAAUGACCACUCUCUUAGUACUGGAUGAUCUCAGGCAAGCAUUCCCAUGUGCAUUUCUAAUUUCGAACAGGAAGGACACCGAUGUUUUAAGUAUAUUUUUGCAGUACGUAAAAUCACAGGUUGGACCAAUUUGCCCCAAUGUAUUCAUGUCUGAUUUGGCAGAGUCACACAGUAUUGCAUGGAACAGGACAAUGGGUGCUCCUAAGAUGAUACACUAUUGUACCUGGCAUGUGGACAGAGCAUGGAAAACUAAUGUCAAGCGGAAAAUUUCAGAUCUGGAUAAAAGAAAUGAGGUGUAUUGGCUCAUUAAAUCAGUGUCAAUGCUGAGAAAUGUAAGUAUGUUUCAGGAAUCACUGCAAAAAGCACUGCAGAAGCUCAGUGGUGACCCUGACACAUCAGAAUUUGCUUCAUACUUCAAGACACACUAUGAGGGAAAUGUGGAGUGUUGGGCCUACUGUCACAGAAUGUAUGCCGGUCUCAAUACCAACAUGCAUGUGGAGAGUAUGCAUAGGACGUUAAAGGAAAUACAUGGUAAUGCAAGACAGGUAAAACGACUGGACAAAGGCAUAUCUACACUAAUGUCCCUAGUUACAGCCAAGAUGUUUGACUGGCUUAUAGCAAAUGUAAAAGGGAAGGUUACAAGCAAAGUUUAA